CUCCUCUUCCCCUCCCGAAUUGAACCUGAUCGAUCACUCUCAAACUAUCCUUAUUUCUCUCAAGAAGGUCGAAGGCAAAAAGCUUCAACCAACAUUAAUGGAAGGUCUAAUUCCUUUGGUUUACAGGGCAAUCGUGCAAUACAAGAAUGGAAACCAGGGGCCCUCAAGCGCAUGGUUCCCGGAGUCACCCUCGACAUCAUACAUGAGGCUCCCUGGGGAUUCAGGCCGAUUUCAAGCAUCGGACCUCCAGUUCUUCCGGUCAUCCGAUCAAUACAGUCUUUCUACUUCGACUUCAUCUUCAUCGCCUUCAAGAGGACGACCUGCCUCGAACACCCAGGUGAUUGUAUCGCCAACCCGCAUCCAGUCCCCUCUCCCCCGAAUGACUACACGACGAGUGGCUGCAUGAUCGGCAAGAAAAGCCAUAAAAUGAUGGAACGUUGUGUGUCAUGGAAGAUGCAAGUUGUGAAUAGUGCCAUCAUAUCUUAUAGCAUGAAUAUUGAUUCUUUUACCUUUUGAAGAUUAAUGAGCAUGGGAAAAACCAAAGGGGGUCGCAUGCUUUAUAUAAUAGUCGUGUUAUAUGUCAUGUUGCCAAAAAAUGUGAAGGUGCAUGUAACUUGAAAGUCAGGAGUGUGUAGACACAAAAACCCAAAGAUGUUUGAGUAAUCAAUGUUGGUUUGGGCAGGCCAAAAGGGCCAUCAUAUAUAAAUAAAUCUCGAAGGAAAUUGUUACUUCUCUUUA